GUCCAUGCCCUCAUUCUCACCACAGGUUUCCUGUCUGGGCUUUCUCUGUUGGCUCCUGCUGUCUGGCUGCCCUUUCGCUUUGGGUGGAAGGCAGACUAGGAGUCUGUCUGUCUGUCCCAGGGCAUGAGGACAGGAUGCCCUUAGGGUUGCUGCUACUGCUACUGAUUUUGCUGCCCAGACUGUGGGGAGCACCCUGGGAUCAACAUCAGAACCGACUGGAACUACAGGAGAUUGUGGUGACAGUGCAGGAGGGUGUCUGUGAGCUGGUACCCUGCAAGCUUUCCAACUUUUGGGUUUCCAUGGUGUGGUACCGAGAAAGGGAAGGAUAUAAAAGGCAUAAUCUCCCAGUGGCUACAAGCAAACUGGACCAAAAACUGCAGGAUAGGAACCAGGGCCCGUUCAUCCUCCUCAGGGACCCCCAGACCUACAAGUACUCGCUGAUCAUCAGAGACAUGAAGAAGGGGGACAGUGGCACUUACUUCUUUCUGAGAAGUAGUUAUGGUUAUUCAUAUCUAGAAAUGAAGCUCUCUCUGAGGGUGACAGCCCUGACCCACACCCCCUUCAUCCUCACCCCGGAGGCCCUGGAGUCUGGUUGCCCCUGGAAUCUGACUUGCUCUGUGCCCUGGACCUGUGAGAUGGGGACACCUCCCAUCUUCUUCUGGAGGCUUGCUCCCCUCAGACUCCAGGGUUUUGGAAUGCUCCUCUCCUCCGUGCUCACCUUCACCCCACGGCCCCAGGACCACGGCACUCAGCUCACUUGCCAGGUGCAAUUUCCAGCUGUCGGUGUGACCGUGGAGAGAACCAUCCAGCUCAAUGUGUCCUCCCUGAAGACAAUUCAGAAUGCCUCCUCCCUCUCCAUCCUGGAGGGCCAGGCUCUGCGGCUGCUCUGUGAAGCCGACAGCAACCCCCCUGCAACGCUGUCCUGGUUCCGGAGGUCCCUCCCUGAGAAUGACACCGUCCUCUCCAACUCCUCCACCCUGGAGCUGCCAUCAGUGAGGAGAUCAGACGAAGGGGAGUUCAUUUGCCAGGCACAGAAUCAGCUGGGCUCCCAGCUUGUCUCUUUGAGCCUCUCUGUGAACUGGAGAGCAGAAUCCUGGCUCAGCGGGGUUCAGGGAGCAGUAACUGGGGCGGCCACCACGGCCCUGCUUUCUCUCUGCCUCGGCCUCCUCUUCAGGCUGAAGAACCGUAGCAGGAAAGCAGUCCAGCCAGUGCAGACUGGGGAUCCAACCAAUCAAGCCAUGGGCUCAGCCUCCAGGGAGCAGCAGUGCCGGUUUUGGAAACAUCCCCCUGCCCGCCCCCCAGCUCCUGCUGGGCCUGGCUUGGUCUCCAGCAGGGAGCAGGAGCUCCACUAUGCUCUCCUCAGAUUCCCUAGAGCCCAAGCCCAGCCUCAGGGUCAGGAAGACAGCUGCAUGGAUACUGAAUACACUGAGAUCAAGAUAAGCACAUGAGGAGUCUCUGUGAGUGACACCUUUGGGGAAGGCACAAGGUCUCCCUCCCUCCUUGCUUGUGUCUGCUGGCUUUCUUCUCAGAUCCUUGGCUUGGAGAAGGCCAGCUUCUUGCUGCUUGUAGAGUCCUACCAUAGAGCCCAGAUAGAAGCAUAUCUGAGGUUGCCUGCCUGGUGCUCUUAAGAGCUCCAUAGUGAAAUAGAUCACUUGCAUAGGGCACUGACUGUUUUGCCACCCAGGUCUGAGCCCGGCCCUCACUGCUUUGAAGGAACUUCCAGUGCUGUGGUCUUUCUUUUUCUCUCUGCCUCUCUGUCUCUAUCUGAAAAGAAAAAAAAAAAGCCAUCACAGAUAACCUUUUCACAUAUACAGACAUAUAUGUUAGCAAAAUGUCUAAGUUUAGGGCCGGGUGGUGGCACACUCAGUUGAGCACACAUGUGAUAGUGCUUAUAUAUGAGCUUAUUCUGCUAGUUGACCUUUUAGCUCAGCUACUUCUGCUUUCAGUUCUCUAACUCGAGGUAGCUAGUAUUUUCCUUGAGGGUCUCAUCUGUUGUUUCCCUAUUUCUGAUAACCUUUUCCUCAAUAGUUGUCCUCAUUUCUGGGAUUAUUAGGUCUGUUACUGUUUGUAUACUUUACUUAUCUAUGAUUACUUCUGACUGAUCUGAAAUUUUUUCUGGGCUCCUGUCCUGAUUCAUUGUGGUAGCGUUUUAUUUUCUCUUGAUUUAACCAUUUUUUUUUUAAAUUGAUGUGGUUUGUAUCUUUCUGUCCUGUUGCUCUUCAAUUGUUGUGUUUUGAGUACAAGCCACACUAAAGUCUUUUCACAAAUGCAGUCACAAGCCUCAGAAAGUACAAUAAUGGCAACUGGAGCAAAGAUUGAUGCAGUUCAAGCAAAGCCAGUUAACCAAACAACAGCUCCAAAAACAAACAAAACCAAAAGAAAAAGAAAAGAAAGGAAAAGAGAAAAAGCAAGAACAGACAAGUAUGCAAAUCAACUGUCACCAUAAAUUCUAGAGAUAAGAGGAAAAAGAAAAGGAGAAAAAACUUACACACACACACACACACACACACACACACACACACACGGAAAGAGUCCACUCCAAGUCAGACUUCUUCCACAAGAUAAAUCCCAAACAAGUGCCAGUGAAUUCAGAAAGAAAAAGAAGAAGAAAAAAAAAAAAGGAAAGAGAUUUUUUGGAUUAUCUAGGAGGAGAGAAAUAGGAAUGUGGAGAAAAGAGAGAGAGAAAAGCAAGUUUCUCCCACAAUGGCUAGCACACCCAGUCACCUAUCAAUGGAAAAAGCGACAAGAGUUAAUUUUGGUCGACCUGGAGAGGAGGGAAAAGAGACACAUGUCAUCAUUAUCAUCACCAUCAAAUAAAAUAGAAAAAAAAAAAAGAACCCUAACAGCCAGUUUAUACCACUCCAGAUUGGCUGCACACAGCCUGGUCCCCUUCCUAAACCAAACAAAGACAAUUACAAGAAGUAACUAUCAAACAAACUCCAGAGGUAAAUAGCUAGUUUUUCCCAGGCAGGGCUGAGGCCCUGAUUGGUCAGGUAUUCUGUCACUCAAAUAGAGCUCCAGCCCCCUUCAAAAAAGAAUAAAAAAGGCUUUGGAUGACACCUUGCUGAGCCAGGAAUCUUGGUAAAGAAAUUAGCUUCUCAGGAAGCCUGCUAGGAGCAGCUGCCUAGACUGAGGCAGGGGCUGGUUUUGGGGGUUGGGGGGGAGAGUGAAUGCAGAGAUAGCCAAGCCAAAAAUCCCUGUUUCCUUUGUUCUUUAUGGCCUCUGUUUGCCAGCCCAAGAGUGGGCGAAAGGACUUUUCUCUGGGGUCACCCUGACCACCCUCUGCACUUCCUCCACCACUAGCCCCCAAAUCCUAUCCUCUCCUGAGAAUCCCAGGUUGAAAGCAGCUUCCUUGAAGAGCUCACACCAGGUGUUGUUCCAAGCCACCAUCUUGGCUCAACCCUCUCUCAUCCAAAAUUUAACCCUAUAUUUAUUUAUUUAUUUGUUUAUUUUUAUCACAAUGGUGUUUAUCACUGAGACUCUGUGCUGGUACUAUAAAUCCAACACUUCUGACAACCUUUUUUUUUUUUUUUUUCCUCUUUCCAUGUGCUGUUGGAAAAGUCAUGGUGUAGUUUUCUACGUAAAAAUGUGUCUUGAGUUUUCUAACAGUCCCCUAUUUUAUUAGAUAUGACAGAGAAAGAAAUGGGGGAGAUAGAGAGGGAGAGAGAGAGAUAGAUACCUGCAGACCUUCUUCACUCAGUGCUCAACUUUUUUAUGUUUUUAAAGGUUGUCUUGAUCUCUCCUACUGCAGCCUAGCUGGUCAGUCAGGCCCAUCACAUGUCCCUGUGCAAAUGACUGCAUUGUUUUAAAAUGUGGAAAUUGGGGCUGGAAGCUGUAGGCCACCUGAGGUGCAGGUUCUUUCAGCUGUCUUGCAAGUGUCCAUGUUUAAGCCUGCAAAUCCUUUUUAUUCUUGUAUGCAUCCACUUCCUGGGAUUCAAUGAGGGGGUCUCCUCUCGGGUGAAACACCUGUUGUCGUCCAGGUGCUCAAAUGGGACUGGAAGCCCCACUACCCAGACAUGCAGGCUGGCUCCUCUCUUGUCAGUCACCUGCCACUGCUUUGUGUGGGGAUUGGAACUUGGAAAUGCCAAGUUCCAGGCCUGCAGGUUGCCCUGCUCAGUUACAAAUCUGUGUCUGAAUUCCCAAAUAUACUGGGUUAAGACCCACUUAAAACUUCUUUUUAACUGAAUCUCUUUGCUCUGUUUCCAAAUUCUGUCACAUUCUGUGUAUUGGACUUCAACAAGUCUUCAGCUUGGUUUUCAUGAUUUUCUUUUUCAGCGCAUAGGUUGCUCAUUUAGUUAAAAAUGAACAACCUUCUUAGCAAUGAAGCAAACUAUCUAAUAGAUGUGGGAAACCACAGAACUUGUGUUCAUAGGGCAAAUCCAUUCAUUUGCUUUCUAAGCAACUUUGUCUUCCUGGGCUUCUGUUUCCUAAGCCUGACACAGACCAGAGUUUGUGUGACCCCAGAGCAUUUGGGCAUAGACUUCCUGAAAGUUUCUGUGAAUAGUUUUCUCCCAGGCUUGGUGGUGCCUGGGCCAGAGGCCACUGCUGCAACUAUCAGGGGGACUCCUUGCUUGUAACUCAUCAUGUUUUACCGAAAUAAAGUUUAUCUCCUUCCUCUUUCUGUUCAAGGCUGGGAAGGCCCUUGUCCUCACAGAUCUCUUCAACCUCAUUUCUGACCAGUGACCCACAGUUUGUACCAACUCACACAGCUUCCUCUCGUAUAUCCUAGUUUCUAUUCCUCUAGGGAUGAAGUAGAAACCAGUGGAGACCAGUGAUUCAGGGAAAUUAUUAUUUUUUGUUCUUUCCUUUCUCUCUCCACUCUAACCACAACACUGCUCAUCUCUGGCUUUUGGUGGUGCCAGAGAUUGAGCCUGGAAUCUUGAAACCUCAGGCAUGUAAGUCUUCUAAAUAACCAUUAUGUUUUUUCCCCUGACCUCGGAGAAAAUGGUAAGGGCAGUCAGAUAAAUAAAGAGAAGAUAGAAUACUUUAAAUAGAUCACAGUUAGAUGAAUACCUUU